AAAUGGUAAUGGUAUAGGUGAUACAACUUUGCAAACUUUAAUCGUUUUAUCUAUAAAAUGUGAUGCGCUAAGUUGUUUCUCAUCACACACUUCAAGCAACUUGAUCUCUCACCAUGGCCAACCCCUUCAUCUUCAUCAUGACCAUCUUCUUCCUCUCCCACUUCACCACCGCAGCAGAAACCCACACUUUCGGGCGAACCAUUUCCCCUGCAACGCUGGGACUCACCAACAAACCGCAGAAACUAAGCCACCUGCGCUUCUUCUUCCACGACAUCAUCGGCGGACCAAACCAAACGGCUUUCCGCAUUGUGGAAGCUCCGGCUACUGUAAAAUCGCCGACGAGGUUCGGCGCGGUGGUGAUGAUGGACAACCCCCUGACGGAGCUACCAGAGUUGGGUUCCAAAGUGGUCGGGAGGGCGCAGGGGAUGUACGCGUCGGCUUCGAUGGACGAAUUGGGGUAUCUGAUGGUGCUCAACUUUGCAUUCACGGAAGGGAAGUACAAUGGCAGCAACCUCAGCGUGCUUGGCCGGAACAGGGUGUUUUCCGCCGUGAGGGAGAUGCCGGUGGUGGGUGGCAGUGGGUUGUUCCGGUUUGCCCAUGGGUACGCUCAGGCAAGGACUCAUUUUUUGGGUGAAUUGGAAGCUGUUGUGGAGUAUAACGUCUAUGUCUUCCAUUAUUAAGAUGUAGUUCUUUCUUUCUCUUCUUUUGCUUUAGGGCCUGUUUGGUUUGAGAAAAUAUUUUCUAUUUUCAUUUUCUAUUUUCAUUUUCUGAAAACACUUUUCAUUUUCAAAUUUUAAACAUUUAAAAAACAUGUUUGGUUUGAUUUCUUAUUUUCUGUUUUCAGAAAAUGAAAAUGUUGGAAAUAUGUUUGGUUUAACCAUUUUCAAUUGAACUAUAUAAUUUAUAUUUUAUAUUAAAUUUAUGAACAAACUUUAGAUUAUGAAAAAUUUAUGAAUAAAAUUUAUAAUGAAAACUAUUGAUAUUAAUGAUUGAUAUACUUAUAAUAUAUUUUUUAAAAAAUAUUAUUUAAAAAUAUACUGAUUGAAUUUAAAUAUGAAGAACAUUUUUUAGUACAACGAAAAGAUAAAUGACACUCUUUAAAGAUUAAUCCUUGUAUCUCUCUCACCCAACUCAUAUGUCUCAUAACUCAUAUCACUUUAGCUAUCAUUCCAUGACAAAUAUGAAGAACAUGUAUAAAUAUUUGCUCCCAAUUUACAUAUAAUAUAUAUAUAUAUGUGUGUGUGGAAUUUCAAUAAGAAAAAGGAAUUGAACUUAUCAACAUAUGGAAAAAAAAUUGAACUUAAAGUUAAGUAUGCAGAGCAUGGCAUUUGUGUGGUGUACAAGAUAGGGGCACGGAUAAACAUUGGAUAAAGUUCCAUUGACGUGUGCAAAUAGAAGAAAGCUUCAUUCUCGUUUGAAAAGCUUCGUGAUGUUGCAGAAGAAAAAGAAAAUCCAUUGACGUCUUAAAAAUGGAACGCAGUAAGAGGAGACUCAUUCCAUUGAAGUCUGAAGAUUAAAGAAAUAAAUCUGGAAAGAUAUUGAUCCACAUCAAAAUAGAAUGACACUCGAAGGAAGAAAUUAGCACCACUGCACAGAUUAAAGCAUUCACCGAUUGCAAAUACCCAGAGAAAGUGAGGACGGUGAACUUUGGCGGUUGGCAAAUGAGACACACAAUGCAUUGAAACCAGGAAAGAGUAUCGGGUCAGGCAAAUGAGUCACACAUCGAGUGAAAUAAAAAAGAAGAAGAAUGUAUUAAAAAUUACAAACAUGCCACCGCGUUUUAACUGUUUCAUUUUCAUUUUCAACGAAAACACGGAAACGACUUUUUUUUAUUUUCAAUUUUGGGCUUAUUUUUGAAAACGUUUCCGGAGAAAAUAUUCUCAAAAAUUUAAACAAACGUGUUUUUAGCCCUAUUUUCUAUUUUCAGUGAAAAUGAAAAUAGAAAACAGGCAAACCAAACAGGCCCUUAGUUUCAUUGAUUUGAAAGUGCAUCCAAUGGGGAAUAAAUGUGAUUGCUACAGCACAUAAGAUACAAAUGGGGCAUGAUUUUAUGUUUGGGUUAUUGGAUCGUAAGCCAGAAUUUAUUUGGUAUAUAAAGUAAUUGGUUAGAGAGAAGUGAGAACCCAUGCUUUUAUUGUGUGAUCAAAUAAAAUAUAUUAGAAUUUUGCUGUACCAUAAUUCAUACGAAAGAGUGAUACCUAAAAUGAUGUGUACCAAUAAAUGUAUAUGUUUUCAUUGAGCCAACAUUCAUAUAUUUGUACAUCACAUGAUUUCUUCUUACAAGCUAAUUGCCCGAUAGAAACUCUAGCAAAAGUACAACCCACGACCCUUAAGCUUAUUCAUGUAUAUUUAAAUGUCUAUUUAGUAAGUUUUACACUGCCACCAGGUAACUUCGAAAUAUAGUUUUUAUUUAUUGCUGUUGGAAGGACACACUGUCAAGAAAUUUUAGAGAAUGAAGCCCCUUAUAUUGCCAAACCUUGUAGUAGAAAAUACGCUACAUCUAUAUCUAUUUAACUAUUUUAAAAUAAUUAUGCAUAUUUGGGAGACCGAAGGUUUAAACCGAGCUCGUCCUAACCUAAAACUGUCGAUUUUUUAAAAAAAAAACAGGGCUAAACCCAACCAUAAAGGACUUAGGUCAGAUCGGGUCAUGUACACCUCUAGACAGCAAUGACUAACCUCUCACCACGGGUGCUUGUA